AUGGAAAGCGUUAAAGCAACAGAUGUCGCGGGAAUUGACAUCAAACGGUGGCUGUUUUUAUCAUCCUCGAAAGAAGCGGUGGCUGUUUUUAUCACACUCGAGGAAACCAAAGAAUGGGUAUCAGAACUUCGUAUGUUCUGCGAGGUUUGGUCAGAGUAG